GCGUACACACACUCACACUCAACAACACACAAAAGGCCAAAACAGUAACGAACCAAACCCUAGGAACUUCAUAUUGUCCAAAUUCUGGAUUGUUUCCAGAUGAAAUGGGAAAUGGAGAUCGACGAGAUCGAAGCGGUUCUCGAGAAAAUAUGGGAUUUGCAUGACAAGCUCAGCGACGCGAUUCACUCCAUUUCCAGAACUCACUUUCUCAAUUCCAUCAAAUCCCUCAGAAAAUCCGAUGAUUUGUUCAUCAAUCGGAGCUCCGACAAGAAGAAGCCCCACGAUUCCGACGACAAUCAUCAGAACGGCUUCGUUUUCGUCAAAGAUUUUCGGCUUGAUGUCGAUGACUCGGCGAUUCAAGAGGCGAAGAGUCUCAAUGCCAUCAGAGCUGCCCUUGAGAACCUCGAGGACCAACUCGAAUUCCUCCAUACUGUACAAAUACAGCAACGAGCAGAAAGAGAUGCUGCAAUUGCGCGCUUGGAGCAAAGUCGUAUUGUUCUUGCAAUGAGAUUGGCUGAACACGAAGGUCAAAACUACAAAGUUAUCGAAGAAGCUGUAGCUUUUGUGGGGGAUGUACAUGAUGGAGGUAGAUUUGUUUCACCUGAGAACCUUUAUGGUCCAGCAGCAUGUCAAUCUGGUGAGCAUUUUGUAUCCCAUGAAGGGAAGAGGUCAAAGAAUCUCGUGAAAGUUCUCACGUCUAGUUUUGAUUUUGUCAAAAAAUCAUUGAAGCUAGAUAAUAUGGGCGGGAUAUUGGGCAAUGCUGCUUUGUUUGCGGUCAGCAUGCUUGCAUUUCUGCAUAUGCAUCAGGUAGCUUGUAAGGACAGAUGUAUUCUAAACCUUCCACAGAAGCUUGAAGAUAAUAUUUACAACAAAAAUGUGAAAAAUGUUUCUCGGGCAGAGGGUUCUUCAUCCAGUGUUCAUGUGUCCCACUUGGAUGUCUUGUUGGCUAGGGGCUAGUUGGCUAGUUAAGGGAAUUGAUUUUUCUUUCCAGCAAAUUUUCAUGUUGUAGGCGUUUUAACCGUGUCUAGAUUACGAGGGAGCCUGCUGAUGAAGAUUGAAAAAUCUCCAUUGUCUUGGAAUCCCUGUGCCACGGUAUGUCAGGUAGGUAGCACGAUUUGUUUCUUUUAGUUGUUUAGAGAUUUUGGUUUUUACCAUGUUUGUCCUAGAGAAAUUUGAUUGUGUAUAUUCCAAAAUUUUCUUGUUCCAUGAUAUCAGAUAUCCGUUAUAUUUUGAAUGCAUGUGUCUACAAUUCAUUUUA